CACGCUUCAUCGAGGGCGCGAUGAGGGUAUCUAUACUAAGCUAUGUUGAAGUAACUUGUACCUUGCUUGGUGGAAGGGUGCCUUGUGUCCCACCAAGUAUCCCCCGGCCAAGCACCCUUUGACGAAGAUGCUUGGUGCCAAGAUUCCUCAACGCGACCAAGCGUUCCUGUCUCUGUGUCUCCACCCGCACAGCACUGUCCUGAGCACUGUGCUCCCUGCGGGGUUAGGUCGGGCCGCGCUGGUCCUUCCUGCGGGGUCGUCACAAUAUCUCCUUUUCUCCUCUGCAGUUCUUCUCUUAACCAUUUUCAGAGUCGGCUGCCAAUGGGUUAGGAUAGGAGGGCCGCGUCUAACAAGAAUAGAAACGAAGCAACCCGCUCGGGAGUGUCUCAGCUUGAGGGUGAGAUUUGUCCACUUUCGUAAAUGAGGAAGACGGGAAUGGAGACCUGAUGGGGGACACGUAAACUGGGUUUUUAUGUGACUUUAGGGGGUGGGGGUGGGGGGUCCUAGUUUUGGGCCACCUGCGUCCUAAAAACUGGGACCUCGCGAAAAGUUGCCAUUCGAACCGCAGAGUACUGCCUACU